AAAAGUUGAUGUUCGUUAAUCCAUGAACGAGAAAAUAUUUCCACUUAUCAGUUUCAACGAAUAAACUAGUUGGGAAAACAAUUCACCAGCAGCUGAUUACGAAAAUCGCUUAAUUGCAUAACUAAAUCAGUCCGCGGAUGGUAACCCAACCAUUCAGAGGAUCCCAGCGCCAAGAUGUAUCCUUAUCGCAUUUCCAUAUUGAUCGUGUUUCUCGCGAUUAACCUGCUGGAGGCGGGAGUCGUGCGCCGGUCGCCGUCCAACGAUCUGCUAUCCGAUGGUGAACAGAAGGCAAAAGUUGCCCUGCAACGGUGCGAAAAGAGCUACCAGGAGGCCAAAGCCCGGCAAACUCACGCUGCCUGGGCGUACGGAUCGAACAUCACCGAGUACAAUUUGCAGCAGAAGACGCAAGCGGCUGCUGAAUUUGCUGCCGUGGCAAAGAUCGUUGCAGAGGAGCUUCGCCAGUACGAUUACCACUCGUUUCGCAGCGAGGACCUGAAACGCCGCAUCAAGAAACUGACCAAGCUGGACUAUGCUGCUCUACCGAAGGACAAGUUCAAAGAACUGCUCAAAGCGGUGGCCAAAAUGGAAUCCAAAUACGCAAAGGUUAAGGUGUGCUCGUUUAAGGACAAAACCAACUGUCAUCUAACGUUGGAUCCUGAGAUAACGGAAAUUAUGGCCACUAUUCGUGAACCAGAGGAACUUAAGUACUACUGGGUUGAAUGGUACAAUAAGGCGGGUAAACCGUCGAAGGCUGCUUUUCAGAAGUACGUUGAGUUGAACAAGGAAUCCGCCAUGUUGAACGGUUUUAACAACGGAGCCGAAGCAUGGCUUGGAGAAUAUGACGAUCCAUCGUUCGAACAGCAGGUCGAGGAUGUAAUGACUCAGAUUAAACCGUUAUACGAACAAAUCCACGCUUACGUUCGAUUCAAACUUCGUGAGACAUACGGACCGGAGGUAGUGUCCGAGGAAGGACCAAUCCCAAUGCAUUUGCUUGGAAACUUGUGGGCACAAACAUGGGAAAACAUCGCUGACAUCACGUCUCCUUUCCCGAGAAAAAAGCUGCUGGACGUGACCGACGAAAUGGUCAAGCAAGGUUACAAUCCUUUGAAAAUGUUUCAAAUGGGCGAUGAUUUCUUCCAAUCGUUAAACAUGACCAAAUUACCACCAGCGUUUUGGGAGAAAAGCAUCCUGGAGAAACCGAAGGACGGCCGGGAUUUGGUUUGUCACGCCAGUGCGUGGGACUUUUUCGCAACGGACGACGUUCGGAUCAAGCAGUGCACCCGUGUUGCGAUGCACGAUUUCUUCAUUGUUCACCACGAGUUAGGUCACAUCCAGUACUACCUGCAGUAUCAGCAUCAACCGAUCGAGUACCGACGUGGAGCAAAUCCGGGAUUCCACGAAGCUGUUGGCGAUGUACUCUCGCUGUCGGUGUCUACACCGAAACAUUUGAAGCGAGUUGGACUGUUGAAAAACUAUGAUGAAGAUGAACAGGCGCGGAUUAAUCGGUUUUAUCGAUCGGGUAUUACGAAAUUCGUUUUUCUUCCAUUUGCCUACACCAUGGACAAAUACCGCUGGAGUGUGUUUAGGGGCGAAAUCAAACCGGAGGAACAAAACUGUCGCUUCUGGCAGCUGCGCAGCCAGUUUUCCGGUGUGGAACCUCCGGUCGUUCGUAGCGAAGAGGACUUCGAUCCGACUGCCAAGUAUCACGUCUCAGCUGACGUGGAAUAUCUGCGCUAUUUUGUAUCGUACGUGAUUCAAUUCCAGUUCCACAAGGCUGCCUGCCAGCUAGCCGGAGAGUACGUACCGGGAGACGCGGAAAAGACGCUGAACAAUUGCGACAUCUACCAGAGUGUAGAGGCUGGCAAUAAAUUGAAGGAGAUGCUCUCGUUGGGAGCGUCGAAGCCGUGGCCAGACGCGAUGGAAGUGUUGACGGGAGAGCGCAAAAUGAACGCCAGUGCCAUCUUGGAGUACUUUAAGCCACUGCAUGACUGGUUGAUCCAGGAAAACAAACGUCUGGGAGCCCACGUUGGAUGGACCGCUUCGGACAAAUGCGUUGCACGCAAAUUUGACUUUUUGUCAUACGAAAAAUAAUCAGAUGAAUUAGUUAGAUAGAUUUGUUAUAAUAAGAUUGACUUCUUGAGACAAUAAUAUAUGUAAAA